AUAAUAUUCCGUUCCAUAAUCAAUUUAGAAUGUUGGGUACCAAAAGAGAAACAAAUCUGUGUUUUGAACAUAAAACUAGUCUCGAUACACAAAAUCCAUUCAUCCAUUUCCUUUUCAAAAGUGCCAAACAAAAAUAAAAUACAGCUUAAGUAGGAAAAGAAAACAAAAAAGGUGCCAUGUUGGGAGGUGUAGAAAAAUGGGGAAGAGAAGAGGUAAAGAAGCCAAGAGCACUCAAUCCAAAAGAGAACCAAAUCAAAAUGGAAGAAUGUGGAGAAGGAUCUCAUUCAAAGUGGUCAAACUUUACAGCGUAGGAAGCACAAUCCAACAUCUUGUGUGAUAAAGAGCUUGAACAUUUUGGCUUGCUUUUUUUUUUUUUUUUUUUUUGGGGUUAUCUUUUCAUAUCCUGCCUAUGACAUUAUGGCCGGACCAAAACAUAAAGCCUUACGAAGGUUACAAGAAAAGAAGAAAAACCUACAACAUAACCUUUCUUGUUAAUUUGAAAGAAGAUGAGGGUGAGAAAGUUAGGAAGGUUGAUAAAAACAAAUAAAAUCUAGAAUGAAAUCAAGUAAGAAAAAGUAAAAUGAAGAGAAGUUGACAAACAUACUCCUUAGUUUUCUCUUUCUAUCUUUCUCUCUCUACAUAUUUCUUUAGUUAUUAUAUGCCCACUUAACCAUGAAGCAGAAGAUAUUCCCAAUCAUCCCCUCCACUCAACCCUGUAGGAAACACCCAUAAUUUCACCAAACAACAUUAUUAACCUAUAGAAACUUGAGCUCUUGAAGCAACCCACUUCUUUCAUUGCUUAUAAUUUUCUUCUUCUUAAAAAAUAUACCUAUAAAUGUCCGUCAUACUCUCACCACCAUACCAAUAUCCUUUCUUUUUCUUUAUCAUCUUUAUUCCAUGAUGGAUCCUUCAUGCACCUCAACUUCUGUCAGUGGCUUCUACAACUUUCUCACUCAUGAACUCAACAAUCUUGAUCAAUCUUUCCUCUCCCAUAGUUUCAUGUCAAUCCAAUUCCUUCAGAAGGUACUCUCAUCUCUCAAGUCCUUCCAUUCUCAGUUGACCACUUUGGUUCAAAAGCUUCACUUACCCAUAGGAGAGAAGUGGCUCGAUGAGUACAUGGAUGAAAGCUCCAGGCUCUGGGAAGCUUGCAAUGUUCUUAAAUUAGGAGUCUCUUGCAUGGAAAAUGUUUUCGCAGCUGGAGCCAAUGUCCUGUCCUCCACAGAUGAGUUCCACUACUACUUGAAUGAACAAACUUCUAACCAGGUUAUCCGGGCAGUAAGUGCAUACCAAAUGGAAAUUAUUGGUUUGGAACAUGAUAAUAAGGCCUUGAUGGAAACAAGAGUUGAGCAGCUAUCACUACGCAUCAAUGAAAACAUUGUCUCAAUGGGGUCCAAGUUCAAUGGGUUCAGUGGCUUUCGUGGCGUCAUGUAUGCAAUGAGGAACGUUAGCUCAUUGCUUUUGAUGAUCCUGCUAAGCGGGAUUGUAUAUUAUUUGCCAGGAUCAAGUUUUCAAGAGGAAGGAGGGCUGGAAGGCAGUGUGAUAUUUGGCUCAAAUUUCAUGGUUUCAGUAGCGAGAUUGCAGCGAAGAGUGGCGAAUGUGUUCGAGCAGAUCCCAGGGCCGCCUCAUGGAUUGCUUCUUCAUGAGUUCCGGGAAACGAAAUCUUUGAUGGAGGAGGUGAGAGGUGAGUUGGAGAGAAUGGUGGAGCAUGAAGCAGAGAUUCAUGAUAUCCAAGAUAGUGUCGACAAGUUGAAAAGUUGCUUUGGGUUGUUGAGAAGUGGGGUUGAGGCUAUAAUUGAGCAGCUUGAUGACUUCUUUGAUGAAAUAGUGGAGGGAAGGAAGAAGCUUUUGGACAUGUGCACUCAUAGGUAGACAAAGAGUACGUUGGACGUGAUCAGCCUAACCUAGGUGGGGAACAUAUGGAAACAAAAGAAAAAGGAAAUGAUAAAGAGACCGAAGGGUAAUCAGCAUUGAAAAAACAUAUUUUGUUGAACUUGGAUAUGAGCUCCUUGAUUGUAAUCAUUUAUUUCCAAGUAGUCUAUAUAAGGGGAGAUUUAAACUUUAAA